AUGCAUCGUCGACUCGUGCUGGUCGUGCUUGGGUUACUGCAGUAUUCAGGAGCUCUGAUUGCCGCGGACCCGGCUCCUCCUGCACUAAACCAACCAGUCCCACGGUGCCAACAAGAGAGGGUAGCGGUAAUCACAAAGCGCUCUAUAUUGCGCCUUGCUAGGGACUUAAUCACCAUCACGGUUACGUCGACAUCGACAGAUACGACUGACUGUACCUGCACAGAAACUUCUUCCACGGCGUUUGUCAGUACCGACGUGAGUAUUACAUCAGCCUCCUCGCUGCCAACCUCCUCGCCCUUCGCUAUGGCGACAACAACAAGCACAAUCGAGCCAAUAACCACUGAAACCGCUAUGGAUUCGAACCCCGUCGUUUCGGUAAUACCCACCGUGAUCACCACCGAUAGCCCGACAACAGUGAUAGACUGGAGAAGCACGACAGUUGAAAGCAUCGUCACGGUCGAAUCAGUGAUCACAGAAGUCGAUACAAUCACGAAAACCGUCAUCUCGGUGGUACCCAGCGUGGUCACCGCCGACAGGCCGACAACAGUGACAGAUUGGAGAUAUACGACAGUUCCAAGCAUCGUCACAGUCGGAUCAGUGAUCACAGAAGCCGGCACGAAUGCGAAAACCGUCAUCUCGGUGGUACCCAGCGUGGUCACCACCGACAGGCCAACAACAGUGACAGAUUGGAGAUAUACGACAGUUCCAAGCAUCGUCACGGUCGGAUCAGUGAUCACAGAAGCCGGCACGAAUACGAAAACCGUCAUCUCGGUGGUUCCCAGCGUGGUCACCGCCGACAGAGCAACAACGCCUACGGACUGGAGAAACACGGUCCUUACCAGUAGCGUUACAGUGGCGGAUGUAUCAUCAGCCUCCUCUGAUCCAGGCAUCGUACUACUGGGUAAUAUUUCAACAAUCCUAUCUGCUGAAACCCUUCCGAGAGCAGAAAACACAGAUUCAAGAGUCAGCACUCCAGCUAUCCUUAGUGGGGACUCGUCUCCUGACAGGUUCACUACCGUCACUGUUAAUCACUACAGUAAUGCAGUCCAACCUGUGACCAGAAUCGUCUAUGAGACACUUGAUGUGACUUUAUCUCUAGAGGACAGCCCUACAGGAUUGAGUACAAACGCGGAGGCUUCCGCAGGUGAGGCGGUCCGAAACAAGCCAGGCUAUACAACCGUUUUCACCAAUGAUAAUCAAAAGACCUGGAGUGAGCUCGAGACUCAAAGCUUCAUCACUGCGGACACGAGCACCCGGUCGAGUAUCGGGGAGCUAGGGGACCCACCGGCCACAAUGGCCACGGAUCCGUCCCAGGAAGCUGUAUCGGGGGCCCCGAAGACACAGAUAUCGGCGACCACGGCCUCGACGGAGACACCAGUCACCCCAUCAGGUGAGCCCUCUUUGCUGGGAAAUAGCCCUGGGAAAGUGACAGAGACGGCUGGGAUCGGAGAGUCGGCGUUGCCGACCACUUCCCUAUCAGCGCCUUCGCUCUCUAUCUGCCCAAGCAGAAUUAUCAACCCAACCUUCACGCCUUUGGCACCCCUCCCGAAAAACUAUACCUGGGGGUGUCCGCCUAGUCUUCUCUGCAACCCAUCCAAACAAUCAGCGGACGGAGAAUGCAAUUUUGAGGCUGGACCGCCCGCAGACACGUACUACUGUCGACCGGAAGAGUGCAUACGAAGCCCCACGCUGACUCUUCCUGUACUCUCGGGUCCCCCCGCGUCAUACGAGCGGAUAGAACACUACAACGUCACCCGCGGCUAUUUCAACUUGAACCCCACCGAAUUCGGUCUGGGCUAUGAUAUAUUCGAUAUGAACGACGCGGCCGGGGGUGGAGGCGAGACUGGUCGAUCAAAAUACCAGGAAAAUGCUAUGUCGCGUGCAACAAUGCAAUGCUCGAAGCCGAGUCGAGCGGCAAAACCGAUGAUCUUUGCGACUCGGACUCGGCCUUUUUGA